GGGAAGAGGACGCUAACAACUGGACUGAAUUGGUGCCGCCUGCCGUUCGUACGCAGUACGUACUCUAGAGACAGCCGCGGAAAGAUAGGGUAGGGUAGGUGACGACGCUAGUCACGGACGGUCCAGUCCAUGUUCAACUGUCAACCCUCCUCUGCUCCAUGGGACUUGACAAGGAAGCGAGCUGAGAGAUAACGACGAGCAGUACUUCCCCUCUUUCCUGGUUUGCAUACCUUCAGUUAUCCUCUCUCCCUAUAGAUUCUCUUAUCUUGAUCCGAACGUACAGCCAAGGCAUUCUGUCAGACGCCCGAACGCAAUCGUCAUGACAGACAACAUCACGAUCCCCGCUGCCGUCAAGGCGGCCGAUAUCAACCUCUGGAAAUGCGCGACAAAGGCCCUCCAGCUUCAAUCAGUAAAACCGGAGAUUGCGUAUUGGUGCAAUUAUUGGGUCGUCAACCAGAUCCUUAACAGGGGACUCCACAAAGAGAAUGACGAAAUGAUGACUUACACGAUGGACUUGAUGGGGAAGCUGGAACAGGCCAAAGCUGAGCACCCGAACGAAGAUGCCUACACAGACGACGAGGUCGGCCAGCUCGUCGUCGACAGAUUCGCACAGGAAACCCUUGAUCGCGCCGAGCGAGUGGUCAAGGCAAACAAAGUGACACAGCAAACUGCCAUGACGUUCGAUGCCGCCGCAACCUUCUUCCACCUGGUCAACAUCUGGGGUCCUCCCGACGAGGAGACGCAACAAAAGAUUAAAUACGCAAAAUGGAACGCCGCACGCAUCGCAAAGGCCAUCAAGGAGGGCAGGGACCCUAACGAAUCCAACCCGAAACGAGAAGAACCCCAACUGCCGGCCUUGGACCCCAGUGAUCCAGAAGUUCAGACAUUGACCGGUUCGGUCGAAAAGACAUCACCACCGCCCCUUUCGGUCACAGUGGAGGAGGUCCCAGACAGAGACUUGCAGAGGACAGACGCUGCCGGCGUGUCUCUGCCAAUCAGCCCAGCCUCGGCUGGCCCAUCCCCGAUAUCCGAAGCCGAACUCAAGCUGCCCGGUGUACCCAGUGGGCUUGCUGAGCCAGCACCGUCAACAGUCUCCUUGGACUUGGACACUCCAGUCUCAGCUCCCACACAUAACCCUGUCAACUACAGGCCUGAGCCCGAUCUCCCAUCCGCCCCCAGCGCACUCUCAUCCUACCCGGAUCGUGAUAUCUCGAUGCCGGACGCGGGCACUGCAGCUUGGACACCGGAUGCUGAUCGCCAGCCUCCCGCUCCGCCUGUCGUUCCUCCCACGUUUGCUCCCAGUGCACCAUCAACAGCUGCUGUGGUAUCGCCCCCUGUCAACCAGCCAACUGACUUUUCCUUCCAGAACCCAGCUCCGCCAGCUGCACAAGCUCCCGCAGUUCCCAGUCUACAGCCAGUUCCUCCCCCACUAGCUGUCUCUGCAGCCACUUAUGCAUCUUCGCAAGUUGCUGGAGGUUUCACAACCGACGAAGCUGCCAUGGCCUCAGCCCAGAAGCACGCUAAAUGGGCUAUCUCAGCACUGAACUUUGAAGAUGUUCCUACGGCGGUGAAGGAGCUAAGGAAAGCGUUGGAGGUCCUGGGUGCAGCGUAGUUGAUAGGUGUUACACGAGCUACGCCAUGACCCUGAUGGAGGUUUAGGUUAUUCGCUGCACGCCCACUGAUACAUGAUCCCCGGGCCGGUCAGAUCUAUUUAUUACCUGCUAUCCAGCCGUAUAUACCACUGAAACCAAGGCAUCAAAAUCGGGGUUUAAGCGGCCGUUAUGCAAGCUCGGGCAAAAAUGCCUUUCACACUAUCGGACACUUGGCGUUUACCAGUGGAACAUGGAAAUUUUCCAGAAGUAAUGUUUACCAGGGCCCGACAAUGAGAAUGUGUAACCACCCAGUGACCGUUCGGCCGCAUAGGGAGCCCUAGGCGAGUCUCGUUCUGACAGCUUCCCGAGAGCUGGGAUAAUACAUUGCGCACUUUGAAACGAGACAGCGAAAACACAAUCUGCCGAUUUCAAGGCAGGUCUGAGGGCUGGUACACAGUCCUUCGCAUCGACUUUGACGAAGCUGGGUGGAAGAGAGGCUGCAGAGAAAGGGUCCAAGCACCCCAGGGAAACUUGCUGAUAGACGUAAUGUCGCGAGGAUGGAGCUAUUGGUUAUGUGUCAAAGUCAGGGGCAAACUGAGCGUGGAAUUCUACUGGUCAUCGACACACCGAUAUGUGCACAUCUUUCGAUGAGUGAGGAUGAUGGCUAUGCAACCCUUUGGUGAUGACCAUCUUCAUCAGUCUUGGUCAUCUCGGGCAGUAAACAACCUUUUGAGAUUUGGUAUUGCGCCUUUUGCUUUUAGGUGAUCGAUUCCGCUGAACACUCGUCGUCCUCAUGUGGCGUAUAUAACGCGCUUCGUCCCGUGGGUAUUUUAAGGGUUAUCUUUUCAUCCCAAAUCAUCUGUCUCCUCUUCAUACACAAUACCGACUCGAACCUUGCUACCCGCAAGUCUCAGCCGGCAUCUUGCAGAUUACAUCAGAUACCCCGUCAGUCAUAGUCUACCGUUUCGGAUCCUAAUUUCUCAACUUACGCCACAACAUCAAAAUCAUCACCGAGGUCUCACAUUCCACCGGGCCCUUCCCGUACAAAGUCUUCGAGCCUCGCGAUACAAACUUUCGGUUUCCCAGGGAACCAACUUCACCUUCGUUUACGCAACGCAAAAAGCAAGCCAAACCAAACACGCACUCAAGUCUCAAGAUGCCUGAGGAAAUUAUCACCAGUAGCGGAAACUACACCUUCACUGGUAGUGGCACGUCCGGCUCUUCUGGCUACACCGGCUCGUCCUCCUCAGGCUCAUCCAGCUGUGGCUCAGGCGGCAGUGAUGGCUGGAGACCCCGCAGCUACGUCCCUCUACCUAUCUCCGAUGGUAGCGCUGCUGGCGGCGGUAGUGGCGGCGGCAGAUGCACCGACGAGGCCAAAAGAAGGAGAUAGACAAAUGGAGUGAUGGUAUACACAAAAACGGGACAGGUGGCAGGAGACUGAAUGGGAUAACGAUGAUCUGACUUACGGCGUUGGGGCAUGACUUUUCUUUCUGUCUCUAGCAAUACUACAUACCCGGCGGCAUGCGG